UCUAGACCAGAGGCAGUUUCGAAACAGCUGAUAUCCGAUCGAACCGGCCUUUUUGUUUUGGUUUUUAUGUAAUGGUCAAGGUGGAGGUGGAGUACUGCGGCACCUGCAACUUCAGUGGGCAGUGCCAGCUCCUGCGGCAAUUCCUGCUGGCCUCCGAUCCGGAUUUGGAGAUUUCCUGUCGGCAGGGACGCCGCGGAUCCUUCGAGGUGGCCAUCGAUGGCCAGCUGGUGCACUCGAAGCUCUCGUCGCUGGCCUUUCCGCAGCAUGCCAGCGUCUUGGACCAGGUGCAGAGGGCACAGCGCGGCGAGGCCGUGACCACAGUGCGGGAGGAGCCCAUCAAGGAUUGCGUCCUUAUGUGAGGCGGUUGCGCCACUUACUAAAGCUUACUUUAAAUAUGGGAUAUUAUUUAAAAUUAUAUGUUAAGGGUUCAAAAGAUAAAAAGGUCUUUGUUUAAUA